AUGGCUACCAACGAUGUGUGCGCAGAUAGCAUAGCUCUUCUUCACCGCCUCAAUCAAAUUAGUCAGCGUCUUCACAACAUAUUUUCGACGGUACGAAAUUUACCAGUUCAUAAUUUCUCAAUAAUUCCUCUCUUAAGAGAAUUCCACCGCUUAGUACGUGAAUUUAGUGGGUUACUAGACCGUGAUUCUUUUCACGGGCAAAUCGACACAGUUAAUAGUAGUUUCAGAGAUUUGACUCAACUUAUUCGGCAAUUAGUUGAAGAAGCUCGAGAGUGCAUGGUACGUGGGUCACCAGCAGAUAAAGAAGCGGUGGAGGCACUACUUAAACUAACAAUUGCAGGUUAUUUUGUUAAUGAAGAGUCUCAUUGUUCUAACUGCACCGAGGCUUUUGAAUCGGGGAAAGAUGCACUACAGAUGCCUUGCCAUCAAUCCCACAUAUUUUAUUCUCACUGUCUUCUACCAUGGCUAGAAAGGCGUAAUACUUGUCCAAUCUGUAGAGCUCUUUUAGUUACACCAAGAAUUUCAAGGUCAGUUUCAGGUUUUCCUGUUGGAAGUGAAGAUUGUUAG